AUGUAUCUUCUGCAGACUCUGAGGACGGAUUUAGAGAAGUACUGCCCUGUGGAGGGUCUGGAGGACCAGUUUGUGAACAUCCUCCUCAUAGGACAAGUCGGAUCUGGUAAAUCAAGUUUCUUCAACUCGGUCAACUCCGUGUUCCGGGGCCGCAUCACAAACAAGGCGAGGAGUGGCGGGGCGGAGCACAGUCUCACCACAACGUUUCGCAUGUACAAGAUCAAGUCCAAAGAGACUGGAUACCCGUUAAAAUUCCGCCUGUGUGACACGAGAGGCCUAGAAGAAGGUCACAGCUUAGAUAUUGUGGAUUUUGUUUCUAUCUUAGAUGGUCAUAUUACAGAUGGGUAUGAGUUUAACCCAUACCUGUCAGUAACACCAGACAGUCAUGGGUACAACAAGAGUCCAGCGGUGGGUGACAGAAUCCACUGCAUCGCCUUUGUGAUGGACAGCUGUACCCUGGACGUGUUUCCAGACAAACUCCUGCACACGCUGAAAAGUCUGCAACAAAAGGCAAACCAACGAG